CUGGCGGUGUUGUUGUUAUGGCUGGAAACGGCCUCGCACUGCUCUGAGAGGGGACAGAGGAGCCCACGCACGACCCCCGGCCAGCCAUGGAGGCCGCCGACAUGGACGUGGACGCGGAGCUCAUGCAGAAGUUCAGCUGCAUGGGCACCACGGACAAGGACGUGCUCAUCUCCGAGUUCCAGCGGCUGCUCGGCUUCCAGCUCAACCCCGCAGGCUGCGCCUUCUUCCUGGACAUGACCAACUGGAAUCUGCAGGCUGCUAUUGGUGCGUAUUAUGACUUUGAAAGCCCCAGUGUCAAAACCCCAUCCAUGUCCUUCGUCGAAGAUGUGACAAUCGGGGAAGGAGAGUCGGUCCCUCCAGACACAUUGUUCACAAAGACGUGGAGGAUACAAAACACAGGUGCAGAGUCGUGGCCGCCUGGGGUUUGUCUCAAAUACAUCGGCGGGGAUCAGUUUGGGCAUGUAAACACAGCUAUGGUGAAGUCGUUAGACCCCCAGGAAAUGACAGAUGUGAGUGUGCAGAUGCGAAGUCCCACGAAUCCCGGUAUGUACCAGGGCCAGUGGAGGAUGUGUACAUCCAACGGACUGUUCUACGGAGAUGUAAUCUGGGUGAUUCUUAGCGUCGAAGUCGGAGGUCUCCUCGGCGUGACUCAACAGCUUUCUUCAUUCGAGACGGAAUUUAACACGCAACCCCAACGCAAUAUCCAGGGAGACUUCAAUCCCUUCGCCUCACCUCAGAAGAACAAGCACGAUGCCACUGACGACACCAUCAGAGGUCCUGGCGGAGCCUGGGAACGCACGCAAGAGGCAAUCCAGGAGGACCAGAACGGACUGUCCCACAAUGCUGUAAAUAGGCCGUCGAAUGGUCUCCAAACCAAUCUUUCCAUGGUGACUUACGGCCAGGGUAUUCACGGUCCCUAUCCGUUUGGGAAGAGUUAGAAUGACAGAAACUCCCCACCUCCUCAUGGUGAAUGAUGAGCUCAACACCCUUGGAGUCCUUAAAUGCAGCAGAGUUGGAGGGAGGGGAAGAACACUUGUUUUCUAUUGACUUACGACAACGCUCUCUUCCCAAAACCCACGGCCCUUUUUCCACAGAAACACAGCUGACUGAGGUGAUGGAUCACAUCUGCUACAGUGAAACAUCAACGCCCGGAUUUGAAUGUGUGAAUGCUUUAUUGAAGAGUCUGAACCCCUAAAGAUGGAUACACAACUAUCUUUCAUUUCAACUGUAAAACAUCCUGAAUUAAAUAGAAAAUCCCCCUAAGCCAUCUUUAUACAGUUGGGUAUCCCCAUGUCCAUCUGAAAACGGUCUCUUAUUGGGGUUCCUGCCCAGGUUUUUGCUUAUUUUGAGAAUCGGAGAGUAUAGUUCAGAUCUUUGAACUCGUCAUAUAUUGUUCCAAGUCUUAAGAAGUGAUUUAUUUUUUUCUUUUAAACUCAAAUUGAGCCAAAUUAUCCACCACAGCAUUUUUCGUAACGAUAUUCUGGCGAAGUGCUUUUAGACGACUGCCUUACAUGAUGAGAUUUGUGAUAACAAGAUAAUUUCUUAGUUUGUCCCGUCACGAUGUCGUCGGAGUAAUCCGGGCACCCAUGUUAAAAAUUCUCACCGUCACAUCCUGUGAGUGUACAAACACUGCACAGGUAACUACAACCAUUGAAGCUGACUUUUAUCAGCUGGUGUUGUCUGGCUUUGGCUUCAUUUAAGUUUCCCUCUUUGGAUCGUUCUUUGAUUAAACAGUUAAUGCUGGACUGCAGCUUUCACGCUUCCAGGUCCUCCAGUAACUUUAUACAGAGCUGGAGCCCCUCAUUGGCUCUUAAUUUGCAGAUCUUGAUUGUGUUUCAGUUAUAAAUACUGGGUGCCAAAUAUUCAACACUGGACAUAUUUUUAGCGUCAAUAAUUUUUUGUAUAAUUCAGAAGAAGAGAACUUGCGGUCGGGAUGAGUUAGACCACCAGUAUUCACUCUGGAAAUGCGGAUUGGGAUUUUUCUUGAGACCGAGUUGCUGAGCCAAAUCCAGAAACACUUACGAACUGAAGGAUAUUGUUUUGUUGUUUUUUUUUUUUUUUAAAUAAUACUUGCACAAAUAUAUAAAGGAUGGCUGUUUGUGACAGGAAUUUAAUUAGAUUAUUUGUCUUUUUGAGGAAUAAAGAUUAGUAAAAAGAGAAACAUUUUUAAUCACAAACUGAUUUUAUACUAAGAAAUCCACCAUCUUGAUGUAUGAAUAUCAUUUCAGGUGAGGUAUAAAAGUCAAGGCCAAUGUAACGGUUGUAACCCCGUUUCUCUCACAGAUGAAAUCCAUGAAUCAUGACACUAAUUUGUGCCGGUUGUCCUGAAGCUUCCCACUCUGCAGGCGCCUCGUUCAGACUGCAUGGGACGAAGUGUGUGUUUUUUUUAGGGUGGGUUUUCGCUUUAAAUAGAUGCUGAAGGGUUGUGAAUGAGUUUGAGCAAGUGAGGUUUGAAGAAGGGUUGAAAAAGCCAUCUAAAUCUAUUUUGCCUGGUGAGUGACUGUGGUUUCUGAGUCCGUGUCUACAGUAUGUGUACUGAAUAUAAACAUGCGUGCGUGUGUAUGUCGAUGCUUUCUCUAUGGAUUUAACUGACAUGAAAUGGUGUAUACUACUUGGGUAAAAGGUGACUUGACAUAUAAACGUCAUUAUUGAGAGAGCUUUAAUAGAUCUGUACCUCAAAAGUAUUUCUUUCUUUUUUUUUUUAAAUGAUUUUUGCACCAUUUGGAUGAAUUGAUUUAUCGUCUACCCUGAUGUUAUUUAUUUGAUGUCUUUUUGUCUACUGCAGAUUAAAAAUAUCCCGUGUGCAGCCAGUAGGUGGUGCUAAAAAUUAGAUAACUAACUGAACAUUUUCACGACUUGGAUCCCGGUAAAAAGAAGCUGUAAAUUGUAUUUUGAAGGUGGUAAAUCAUCUGAGAUCUACCAGUUUGUAUCAGUGUUGGCAGCACUGGUGUUCAGGUAACUGCUAUUUGCACUAUGUUGUCCACCACCUCUGAUGAGCUGAAGAAGAGGGUUUUUAUUUUUCUGGCAUUGGGGGAUUGUUACACACCAGCAUUUUCCAAAACUCUCUGUUGGUUAUUCUUGAUGGUUUCAGCAUCUGAACUUAAAUAUGUAUUGCUAAAACACCAGUUUGAUGACUCAGCAAUGAAAAUGAAGAUCCGUUUAGCUAUUUUGUUUACGUGAAUGAUGCCUCCUGUCACACAUAAUGUUUUACUUAAGCUUUAUGUUCAUUAUGUGUGUGACUUUCUUUCUUUUUUUUUUUUCUUCAUGUAUUUUUGGCUCAAAAAUAAAAUGGACAAAAGUUGCUAGAACUCAAAAAUAGUACCAUAUUUUUUUUCUGGAUUAUACUAACAUGACCAAGUUCUUAUUUCAUGUUUAAUCUUUCUCUAAGUUAUGAACAUCUAAAUUCCAUUUAUUAAAAUCUGAAGUCAGUUUACUGCCAUUUCAUUUUAUUUUCAUUUUUAAAAGUCACCAGCAUUUAUGUUUGUUGCUUUGCAGCUCUCUUCAGUUCGUCUUCAGUCAUUUCCUCCCAAACAGUAUGCACUAGUCUCCAUUGCCUCUUCCAGUCACAACAGUCUUUUACUUUUUAUUUUGUGUGCAUUCCUCUUCUGGGAUCGCUGGUCGUAUGAGUGUGAGAUGUUGAGUGUAAAUAUUGCUGGAUUUUAUUAAAUUUUUUUUCUUUAGUUUUAGUUUGUGACUAUGUAUGGACAAGAGGAUGGGUGGUAUGUUGAGUGGAUGAGAUGAAAGUUUACAUAGUCCUAAGAUAGCACAUUUAUCUGAAGAGAAAUUGUCAAAAUGAAGCUUCUUUUUCUGUCUCUAUAGUUGAGCAUUUUUAUGAUUAAAUUAACACUGAAACGA